UCUUGUUCUGAAUGUUCUGUGGUUUUGUUGUUAUGGAUUUGGAAAUGGCGGCAGAUAUGUUUUAGAAACCGCCAUUACUAUCGCAACGAGGGGCAAAUGAUUGUUAUUUAUUUAUUAUUAGUGAGUUUUGAGGUAGCAUAGUUUAUUUAAUAUAAUAUCAACUUUCUUUGUAACUCGGCAAUAUUAAAAAAACAAUUUUAUUCAUUUUAACUGCGAACUUUUAAUCCGUUUUCGAGGCGGAACUUGAGAGGUUAGAAUCAAACAAUAAUAGAUUUAAAAUGAGUAAAAGCAAAAAAACUUCACCAGAACCCGAAGAAGCAAGCGAAGAGUACAUCGUAGAGAAAAUAAUUGAUAGUAGGAUAAAUGAUAAUGGCAUUAAAGAAUAUCUUCUAAAAUGGAUUGGUUAUGAUGAUAAAGAUAACACUUGGGAACCAGAAGAAAAUUUAGAUUGCCCAAGCCUUAUUAAAGCAUAUGAAGCCGACAAAGCAGCAAAAGAAAAAGAAAAAACCAGCAAGAAACGGAAAGCAGAAGAUACUCCAAAAAGAAAAGAUGACAAAAAGAUUCAUGGCUUUGACAGAGGGUUGGAACCUGAAAAAAUUAUUGGUGCUACAGAUAGUUCAGGUCCCCUAAUGUUCUUAAUGAAGUGGGUCGGCACAGAUGAGGCUGAUCUAGUACCAGCUAAACAAGCUAACGUGAAGUGUCCACAAGUUGUUAUAAAAUUCUAUGAAGAAAGGUUAACAUGGGCUGCACCUUCUUCUGAAGAGAGCAAGAGUUAAUACUGUUCAUUUUAUAAUAAUUACUUAUGCCUAAUUGUAUUUAGGUAACUUGUUUAUUUUGUGAUUUUUUUAAGAGUGUUUUUAUUAAUAUCAUAGUUCUUUAUUUAGAAUGUGUACAGUUAGAGUUGAAAUGUUGCACUCACCUGAAAAAACUGAAUUAGUUAUUAUUUUUUUGGUGUUACAAACAAUAUUGUAUUUUCGUUAUAAAAAACAUUUUUAGUGUGUGGAAAACAGUUUAUGUAAAAAACUUUUAUAAUAUUAGUUUUAUCAAAAAAAUGUAUUCUUUAUAAAAAAUUCUGCAUAGUCCAAAACAUGGAAUUCAACUGUCAGAUAUUAAAUUUUGUAAGUUGUAUACGAGGUGCGUCAAAAAAUUAUUUUUGGGCAAAAGUAAAGUACAUUAAAUUUUGA